AUGACUCUCCACCAGUACGAUUACAUUUUUGCCAUUGGGACCAUCUUUGCGUUCCUAGAUGCGUGGAAUAUCGGUGCCAAUGAUGUUGCCAACUCUUGGGCAAACGCUGUGGCGUCCCGCUCGGUCUCAUAUAUCCAAGCCAUGCUGAUUGCCUCUGUCAUGGAGUUUACCGGUGCCACGGCCGUGGGAGCGCGUGUCGCCGACACCAUUCGCACCAAAAUUGUCGACACAACACUCUACCGCGAUGACCCGGCUAUCCUCAUGCUCGGCAUGUGCUGCGCCGUCAUCGGCUCGUCGUGCUUCCUCACCAUGGCCACCAAGCUCGGCUUGCCCAUCUCCACUACCCACUCAAUCCUGGGCGGUGUUCUCGGCAUGGGAGUAGCCACUGUCGGGGCCGGCGGCGUCCUUUGGGUCGGCAAGGGCAGCGGUACCGAUAAGAUCACCGGUGGCGUCGUUCAGGUCUUCCUUGGAUGGAUCAUCUCGCCAAUCCUCGCCGGCGUCAUUGCUGCGGCGCUCUUCCUGCUAAGCAAAUAUGCAGUCCUUGUCCGGAAAAACCCCGCCCUGCGGGGUCUGACACUCGUACCCGUCUUCUUCAGCGUUACUGCCAUGCUCAUUACCAUGUUGCUCGUUUGGAAGGGUGGCUCAUACAAGGUUAAUCUCCCCGAUGAAGCCAUCCCUGGAGUGAUUGUUGGCGUUGGCAUCGCCUUUGGGAUUCUUACCGCCAUCUUCUUGGUACCCUGGCUCUACAGGUACAUUGUCUUGGGUGACUGGCAGCUGCGCUGGUACCACAUGUUCCAGGGGCCUCUUGUCCUCCGUCGCGGCGAGAUCCCUCCUACACCUGCGGGCUUCAAGGGUCUCGUUCGCGACUUUUACGAAGGGCGACUCACAAAGGAGCAGCUCGACGCCAAGCGCACUGCCGAGGUUGCAUCCGGUGGCUCCCCGGGACAGGAUGAUCUCAUCACCAAUAGCGCUGAGAAGGGCAUCUUUUCGUCAGAGGCUCAGAGCGCCCCGAUUAAGGGCGAUUCGUCCGACGCGGGUGUGGUUGUGGAUGAACCGGCCCAGAUCAAGUCGCUUGUCGGUCCCAAACCCGAGGGCCUCCCAUGGCACCACAAGUCCAUGCUCUGGUGGUAUUUCAAGUUUGCCCUUUUCCACGGCGUCGAUAAGGAUGUCGUCAACUCUCAAAACGAGAAGAGCGCCCUUGGCGGAGACGUCGAGGAGAUGCACACGCGUGCCGAGCGGUACGACAACAAGGCCGAGUUUCUUUUUACCUUUAUGCAAGUGUCGACGAAUGCGGCGAUGGCGUUCACCCAUGGUGCUAACGACGUUUCUAACUGCAUCGGCCCCUACAGCGCCAUCUACCAGAUCUGGAAGGAAGGCCGCCUCCCCGCCGACGGCAAAUCUCCCGUCCCCCUCUGGAUUCUCUUCUUCGGAGGCGUCGGAAUUAUUGUGGGCCUCUGGACAUACGGCUAUAACGUGAUGCGUAAUUUGGGCAAUCGAUUGACGCUUCAGUCGCCGUCUCGUGGGUUUUCUGUUUCGCUGGGUUCCGUGGCGACUGUGAUUCUCGCGACGCGGCUCAAGUUGCCUGUUUCGACGACACAGUGCAUCACGGGCGCCACGGUGGGAGUUGGCUUAUGUAAUGGCGAGUGGCGUGCUGUCAACUGGCGAAUGGUGGCUUGGAUCUACUUUGGUUGGUUCAUCACUUUACCCGUGACGGGGAUCAUCUCGGGGUGCCUCAUGGGCAUUAUUAUCAACGCUCCCAGGUGGGGCAUGGGUAAUGCAUGA